CAUUACAGCACUGACGCCGCCAGAAGACUCUACAAGGGCCUCCAGUCUCUGCGUGCGCUUCAAUGAGCUCGACCACUCGGAAGUCUCCAUCGACUCUUGUGCUGUCGCUCGUUCCGCUUUUGAUCGUUAUCCAGGUUUCCCGCAGGUCAUAGACAACCUUUGCGAACUGUGUCCUUUGUUGUCGCAAGAAUUGCACUGUGGAAUUAGCGAAGGCUGGCGCAAGGCUGGACGCGGUUCGAGUCCCAAUGGAAUCCCAAUAACAGGCGUUCGGUCUUUGAGUUGAGAGAUGUCAGCAUGUCACUUCGUCCCGCUGGCACAAUAUGAUUGGAGUCUACACCCGGCGCUCGAGCCUGUUGCGAUCCCAUGGAAUCCCACGGCAUAUUGCCUGGUGUCGGGGUUCUGCGCGGUCUCGCUCUGGAUGACGGUCGAACUGACGCUGCAGGUGUUUUUCACGUUCCGGCGCCACAAGGGCCUGUACUUCUGGUCGCUCCUGGUCUGCACGUGGGGGGUGGCGUUGCACGUCCAGGGCGUCAUCCUCAAGCUCUUCAACGAGAGCAACUGGAUCAUCUCGAGCAUCAUCUUCAAGAUCGGCUGGGUCGGCAACGUCACCGGCUUCUCCCUCGUCCUGUACUCGCGGCUCAAUCUGGUGGUGCACGACCGCCGCAUCCGGCGCGCGGUGCUGGCCAUGAUCAUCACCGACGCCGUCCUCCUGCACACGCCCAUCAUCAUCUUCGACUUUGGCAUCUCGUCGCCGCACCCGGGCGUGUGGUACACGCCCAUGAAGGUCAUGGAGCGGAUCCAGGUGGUGUGGUUCAGCGUGCAGGAGACCAUCAUCUCGCUCAUGUACAUCUGGUGCACGCGCGAUUUCCUCAAGGACAUCUACUCGCGCCAGACGCACCGCGUCAUGCAGCUGCUCAUCAGCGCCCAGGUCAUCGCCAUCGUCUUCGACGUCGUGCUCAUCACCGUCGACUGCAACAACAUGUUCACCCUCAAGGUCGUCAUCCACCCGUUCUGCUACGCCGUCAAGCUCAAGCUCGAGUUCAUCGUGCUGAACCAGCUCCUCGCCCUGAUCAAGCACGGCAUCGCGCCCAGCAGCUUUCCCGCCCCAGAUGAAGAAUCUCCCGAUGCCAGCGGGCCGACGCCCCCGAGGUCUGGCGCCCGGGUCGAUGUCAAGCACGGAUCCUUUGUGAGCACCGACAUCACCGCCACCGAUGCGCAGGACAAUGGGGGACAAGAGGCUUCGCGGAAGGAGUCCGUGCUCCUGCCCUCCGGCGGGCUGGGGAGGGACAUGGAAUACUAUAGGAGGAGGCGCAAGAACGGCACCGCCGAUAACGAGAAUGUUGAUUCUGGCGUUACAGGAGACAAUAAUACCAACAACAGGAACGAGCCGACGACGGGCCAGGCACUACCACAUCCUGACCCCGACGCAAUUGAACCCCUUCCGCUCCCGUCUUCACCCCAAACACCCGCUCCGCCACCUCCCCCGACAUCCGUUGGUCCUUUUGUAUCAAGAACCCUGGAGAGACCGUCGUUCGAACCCCAGGCGCCCGCGAGAUCCCUCUCGGACCCGACACCUCUGGGCCCCGCGCAAAGGGAACAGGACUCGGAGGCAAUAGUGGCCGAGAUCGAGAGGCACUAUCUGGGGAACUGGAAUGGGUAGCAUCGAGGUCUUACGAUGUUAAUGUGUACACGAAAAAACGAACGUCAUGCAACGGGCUAAAUCGGAGCGUCUCACUGUUUUUCUGCGUCCCAGAUAUCAUGGACUUUGCUUUUGCGUAGAGCCUUUGUUUGGAUAGUAGACACCCCCUAAUUCAUACUCGAUUGAG